AUGCUCGACCACGUAUUGGGUAGGCCAUCGGUCAAGUCGCGGAGAUUCCAGGUACUCUCUGUGCUAGCCUUUUGGUCCUUCUACCUUUUGAAAGGCAAUCGACAUGGACCACCUUUCGUUCGGCUACUGUCCAAGUUGUCGACCAAAAGGCUGACGGCCUGGCAAACCGUGCUCUUCACGAUGAUGUACCAAUACGCAGCCAGGAACUUCAGUACGUUAGUAGGACUGGCCAGCCCCGAACCGAUGUCGAACAUGUACGAAAAGGCAUACUUUCGAGCGACUUGGGUGUUAACUGCUCUGGAUGCUGGGUUCUGGACCGCUAUGAAGAUCAAGCAGAAAUGGCUACGGGACCUGGCGAGCUUCGUGUUCUCAAUAUUUUAUCUAGUCGCUGCGGAGCGGGCUGAUGAGAAGGUCCGGAAGGUAAGAGGGAUGCUCACCGUGGAACACCUGCGUGUAAGUUGGGACAAGGGAACGACGCCAUAUCUACAGUUCUUCCAGAACUUGAUGCGACCGCGGUUUACUCGCUGGCCGCCCCGAGCCAUUCGCAUACCCCGACCGAGCACGAGCGAUUAUAAGGAGCCAGUCUCCGGGUGGCUAUACUAUGAUGGGCCUAUUGCUGAUCUGGAACACAUCAACAAGAUGAUCCUCGACAUUCCCGGCGGCGGGUUCGUUGCCAUGGACCCGAGAACCAACGACGAUAAGCUGUUUGCAUGGGCGGGAAAGACAGGUCUACCAGUUCUGAGCUUGGACUACAAGAAAGCACCGGAGUACCCGUAUCCAUAUGCGUUGAACGAAUGCUUCGACGUGUACACCACGAUUAUCAAGAGCAGGGGCAGGUGUGUUGGCAUGUCCGGCCGACAUAUCCCAAAGAUCGUGCUCACUGGAGACAGUGCAGGAGGUAACCUUGCAACGGCCUUGACUUUGAUGGUGAUUGAAAGUGAUAUUGGCAGCAGGCGCCCAAGCCUCUCUCCAGGAGAGCUUCCGGUGCCUGACGGUCUUGUCCUUCUAUACCCCGGGUUGGAUAUGAACAUUGGCAACUGGAUGUCUGACGAGCAGAUGGCGCUGGUCAAGGAUAGAAGGAUGCGCGUCACGAACAAGGACUACUUGCGACGCAAGAGUACCCAGUACACUGAUCUCGUCGGGACACCACACGAAUCUGAUGACGAGGAAGAUCCGCAGGCGCAAAACCUUGCAGGGUCGAAAACGUCCGAAGAAGCUGUCAGCACGGAUCCUGAGGGCAUGCGCAGCCCCCAUCCCGAAUUCUCACACGCUCAUCCCCAGACUUGGUCGAAACCUCAAGAGGCAGCGCAAGCGUCCAAGAGAAGAGACAGCAAAUCGGCUUCGCACAAGUCUAAGCCACUCCGCACUCGCCUUGCCAUGGCUUCCAUGAUCUCGUACUUCAACGAUCGUGUGCUGACGCCGGAAAUGAUGAGAGCCAUGAUCAUCCUCUAUGUUGGACCGCAUAACCGACCUGAUUUCUCACAAGACUAUCUGUUGUCGCCUAUUUUGGCGCCUGAUAUCCUCCUGCAGCGGUUCCCCAAAACCCACUUCCUCACUGGCGAACGUGACCCUCUCGUUGACGAUACGGUCAUCUUUGCCGGGCGACUGCGCAAGGUCAAGCAGGCAUACCAUUCUCAACAGACUUCUCAAGGCCUUGGCGCUUUGGAUGAGGUCUCGGACUUUGAUGAGAAGAACGUCGCAGAGGUGGUACUCAUACCUGGCAUCAGCCAUGGGUUCACACAAUUCCCUACCAUCUACCCGCCAGCAUGGAAGCUCAUCGACCGCUGUGCGAUGUGGGCCGUAGACCUGCUCAAUGCCGCAGAGCUGCGUGAAAGACAACAGUUUGACCAGAGAGCCAGCCGGCACCACCGCCGCGUAGACUCGAGUGGUGAUGAGGACAAGCCCUUAGAAAUCAACAUGACGAGAGCAAGGGGUCGGACAACCAGUGAUGAGAGCACGGGCAGAGGCACACCACCACAGGAUUCACCUGCGGAGAACCAGAAACCAGGAGAUUCCACCAGGAGGAGGAUCAACGGCAAGGCCAAGUUUGGUCAGAAGACCAAGAGCUUAGUCAAGCUAAACAGCUCUGAUGAUCUUCUGGGGCGACGAAUGCAGGGUCUGGCUGGGCCUCUGACGGGCACUCACGACGACGAUGAUUGA